AGAAAGAACCCUGCCAGGAGACAGGGACGAAGGGGCUGUGACCGGGAAGUGGAGGUCCUCCCGUCACCUCUUCUAGUGGAGGAGGAGGAGCAGAGGAACAUGCAGUUUUGGGGGACUCAUCUGGCGCUGAAGCCCACUCCACCAUCGGGUCCUUCUCAGCGCCACCGUUGACGACGGAAAAAAGCUGCGGCUCCUCCCAAGCCGUCUGGCUAUUUCCAUCCUGAGCUCUGUGACAGUGAGCCAGAAUUUGACCCAGAGUUGGACCCAUUCUGCCCCAAGUACAUCGGAUACUGCUCGGCCAGGCAGAUGGUUCUCCCCUCUCCAGUUCAGACUCCGUCAUGCCCGCCAGCGUCUUCUCCGAGAGGGUCCCGGACACCGCCUCUGUCAGCACCAACUCCAAGGAAGUCCCAGACACCUCUCACCCCUGUGCCUUCUCCGAGAAGGUCUAUGAGACCUAGCACCGACUGCACCCCGGCGAGGUGGGAUGCUUCAACCUUAGUCUCUGCUCCGGCGAGGCAGGACGCCUCCACCUCACGUGCUCCCUGCACCUCUAUGAGAGUCGACGCCUCCACUGCCUCCUGCGCUCCGACGAGGGUCGACGCCUCCAAUGCCUCCUGCGCUCCAGAGAGGGUCGACGCCGCCGUCUCCUGUGUGGAGGGUCUUGGAGGGGAGGAAGAGGUGGUGGUCACCACCCUGGCCACUGCGGUCAUGUUCCUGACUGCAGCUCUGGUGGAGGUGUUGAUCAUGCCUACGACAGUACCAGAACCCACUGAGCCAGAACCAACUCCUGAGCCCACAGAGCCAGAGUCAGAGCCAGAACCAGCACCUGAGUCUACUGAGCCCAUGGGUUUAAUUGUGAUGUCCCCGGGUCUGCCUGAGUCUCCACGCUGGCCUCUGUUCCUGAGGUCCUCAAGACAACCCCACCUGAGCUCUCGUCACCUUCAUCUGGUCCUGCUUCAUCUGCAUCAGUGUCUCCCGAGCUGGCCCCUGCAUCAGUGUCUCCCGAGCCGGCCCCUCCUGAGUCAUCAGAGCUGGCCCCUCCUGAAUCAUCAGAGCCGGCCCCUCCUGAGUAUCUUCGUGGCCGAGCUUCAGGCCGUCCGCCAGAGCUCUGCCACCGACGCGGUCGGGUCCACGGCUGCCCUCCAGAGCUCCGUCUCCGCUGUGGCCGCGUCCACGGCCGCCCACCUGGGCCCCCUCCUCGCCUUUGCUGGGUUCCUGGGCGCCCACCAGAACUUUCUGCCCUCCAGAUGUGCCUUAGAGCCAUCUAGUGACCUUUUUGUGUUAUUUCCCAGGGGUUCCCUGUCGGGUUUUGUUUUGUUUUGGUCUCGUGCCCUCCGUCCUGUCUUUGUGUUUUGUACCCACUACCACCCACCCGUGCUAGUCCGUUUAAUCGUCAGGUGACGAUUCGUUGAGGGGAGGGGUACUGUGAGGAUGUGUGUUAUUUGUCAGUCUGUGUUAUCUCCCUCUUGUGUUCCCUCAUUGUUAUCACACAUUCCCCUCAAUCUGGUUCCUGCUGUUUAAUCAUCCUCASCUGUUCAGUCAUCUCCAAUCAGUCCUGCUCCCAGGUGUUCCUCAUUUCUUCAUUCCUCUGUCUGUAUAAAUACCUUUCUCUUCAGUUCAUUCCUCGCUGGAUCAUUACAUGGAUUACUCCUACUGUUUUGUUGUCCUCGUUGUCCCUCAGAGUUUUAGUUUUAUUUUAGCUGCCCUGACAGCUCUUUGUUUUGUUUGUUUAAAUAAAUCUUUUUAUUUAAAUCU